AUGCUGAUCUCACCGGUGGCAGAACGGAACCAGGAUGGGCUGCUGUCGGUGCUGUGGGAGCAGCUCGAGGAUCAGUCGCAGCGCGAGCUCUUCGCGCUCGAGCUGGGCUCUGGCACCGGGCAGCACGUGGUGCACUUUGCACAGGACCUCCCUUUCGUCACCUGGCAACCGUCGGACAUCAAAGAGGAGUUCAGGGACAGUAUUCGCUCGUACAUUGUGGCAACGAAGGUAAAGACCGUGUUGGAGCCGGUGCAUCUGGACGCAGGCGAGCCAUGGGAGAAAUGGGCGGGGCUCCCGAAGAGCUCCUGUGAUGUCAUCCUGGCGAUCAACAUGCUCCACUACUGUUCUUUCAGCACCAUCGAGGGUGUGUUUAAAGGGUCUGGACAGGUCCUGAGGAAGGAUGGCUUCCUGAUGACAUAUGGGCCCUACGCUGUCAACGGCAUCAUCACUCCCAGCAGCAAUGAGGAGCUGGACCAAUCUCUGCGGGAGAAGAACCCCGAGUGGGGCUUGCCGGAUGUGGACGUCCUGAGGCAGCUGGCGUUUGGGAACGGGAUGCGUCUGGAGAGGAUGGUGGAGAUGCCGGAGAGCAAUAAAUGCCUGAUCUUCAGGAAGCUCUGAUGCCACAGCGUUCCCGGGAACACAGCCCACCGGUUCCACGUCCCCUCACACCUCCA